AAAAUGUAGCGUGCACCCAGUUCAUGAAUAUCGAACUACUUUUGUAUAACAAUAACACAAAACAUAUAACGGACAUUACAUAUUUCCUGAUAAAAAUCUGUUUAGAUAGAGCGAUACAACCAUUAACAAGGAAUGAAACAAAAUCAAUGCUCGCACAACACUCUCGAUUGUCGCUCGAUUGGCUAUUUCGAAUAUAGAGCAAAAUGUAUUCGGUCUAAUAUGGUGGCGAUAUACACGUUUUGUUUCUGUUUUUCAUUGAGACUUGGAGCAAUUGUUAUUGCAGUCUCCAGUUUGAUAGUUUCUCUAUUUGAAAUAUCUGUACUUACCGAAUGCCUAGAAAAUGUACAUGAUACGAAACAUAGAUUGAAAGAGCUACUACAGUUUUUGGGAUUGCAAGGAUCUUGGACAAAAUCGAUACACUUGUAUAGAUAUCUUCAAUACUACAUGGUAGGAGUGUCAGUAUUUUACUCGCUAUUGUCUUUGGCUUGCGUAUUCUUGAUUAUGGGAGCGUACCAGUGUAGAAGAGUGUUCAUAUAUCCUUUCCUGUAUUUAUAUAUCGGCUACGUCGCGAUAGGUUUUGUACAACGGACACUAAUCUUCAUGUAUUUGAUAAAACAGGCAAACGGUGAUUUGGGAACAAUGAUUUUAUACUACACCAUCGAGUUUUUUAUAGUUUUAUUGCACAUCUAUACUUGGGCAUGCGUUUAUAACUUGAUAAAAGCACUGAAAAGUGUGGAGGUGUCAGUAACGAAGAGGAUCUUACACAAAGCGAGGAUUGGAUAUUUAGCACCCAUAAGGGUCCACACAGGGAUGGCUGCAUAACCAUAGAAAUUAUGGCACUUACUACAUCAAAUGUUUACGAGGUUUUGGAGAUACACUUUUUACAAUGAUAUAUCGCCAGCAUUCUGUCGUUUUUUUAAAGAUCCCCCGGUGAGAACUAUUUUCACCAAUUAUGAUGAUACAUGUGAUAUUACUUUUUUUCAAGUUCUCCCAAAACGGAUAUAUGGGCCUUGUGUAAAGAUUAAUACACUAAGUGGCGUAGAAAAAAAUAUCCAGUUUAACCUUUUGGAUGGAGUGGCUAUUCUACUGAUAUAUAACUUUGUAUUCCUUGAAAGUACCAACCAGUACGAAGUACGUGUCUGUCACUUAAAAUGGGGCAUUUUGGAUGCCACUAGAUGAUCAGCUGUUAUGUAUUGUUACGUUUUGACAUGUUCGUGAAAAUAGUGUAUUUAGGAUUUGUAGAGCUUAACAUUCAACACAGGUUAAUCGAUUUCUUUCCUCAACGCCAAGAAAAAAGGUGCCGUGUUCAUCAGUCAUUUCCGCUUUAAUCAUGCGUUAAGUACAAAAACAAUAGUCAUUCCAACGUAUUUUUAUUUUUUAAUUUUUUUUUAUGAGUGGUUGACAGGGUGAAAUGAGUUUAACAAAAAAAGUUUAAAUAGAUUUUGUUCACAAUGAUGUUUACAGUCUUCAACAUAUAAACAUAUGGUCAAUACAAUCUUUAAGCCUGCUAUAGGAGUUUCCAUCCUAUACUAUAGAGCAAGAUCCCUAUAAUUAUGACCAACAAUGUUCGUUCUUUCUCUAGUUGGUUUAAAUGUAACUUUGUAUAGUGUACAGGGAUGAAUUUUUUGUUGAAUCAGUUAGAAUAAGCUCCGUACUUAUUACUUAUGUUUGUUUUAUCAUUCCCGUGAAAUAAGUUACAAUUGAACCGAGUGAGAUAAAGUCGAAACUUGUUGGUGGCGCUAUAAUUACGAUCCCCAGUUUAUAUUUUUACAUUUUACAAAUUACGGAAGGUUCGAGUAGAAUUUUUUCAAUCAAUAUGUUACGUCAUCCGUUAUGUUAAGUGGAAACCAAAACUUCGAAAAAGUUAGCUAAGAGUUUCAAUUCUCAAACGUGGACAUGUCUUAUUUGAAAUUACCCUCAGACGCUGGAUAAAGGACAAAAGAUGUUACUGCUGUUUUAUCGAUUUCUUUUA